CUGUCGGCUACCGACAAAAACAACAUGGUCCUCACACCUCCUUUUCGGAUGCGGCAAACAGAGAAUAGUGUCCUUUUAGAAGUGGACAUUCCAAGAUCCGAAGAUGAUAGCUCGCUGAGAGUAGUCGUGGAUAAUGACAAUAUAUUUGGACUGGCUGGAGCAAAUGCGUACUUGCCUUUGGUCUUCCCGGAAGGAGUACUAUCUAAUGGAUCUGCUAAGUGGACUGGACAAUCACACUUAGAUGAAGCAGGUGCCGCUUUGUCUUUGUGCAGAUCAAAUGAACACAGUAUCCUGGUAAGCAUACGCAAGGUUCAACCUGGCAAGCAGAUUGAUGGGUUGGAUACAUUGAAGCCCAGCGUGUUUGCUGUACCUACCAGUGGAGACGCAGAACAAGAUGAAGAAGAACGUUUGGCAGGAUUGGAGAUGUUACAAAGGGGAAUGGAAGCUGUUCAAAAGCAAGAAGCAGAAGACGAAAGCAGUGGUGGAAGAGGAUCGAUCAUCGAACAGCCAUUACUAUUCACACCCAAAGUUGGCACGGAUAUCAAGACGAGACUGCAUGAAUGCAUUGGAGAGCUGCCCCCUCUCCAACAACGUCGAGAGCAAGCUGAAAAAGCCGAGGAAGAGAAGUGGGAUGAAGGAAUGUACUUGGACAGCUUUGUGGAUGAAGAAGGUGAGAUUAAGCAUUUGUUGAAUGCAAGUUUGAGCGUCGGCACCACAAAAGCACAAGCCAGUGGAAGAAAUUCUAGCCUUACCGAUGUGAACGAGGAACGGAGGAGAGAUGCACACCUUCUACUUCUGGAAUUGUUGCUUGCAUUUGCCUAUGAUCGUCGUACAACAUUAGGCGACCCUACCGUCGAAUCAGGAUGGACGAUCGCCGUUCUUUGUCGUUCUUUGGUCGCUUCUUGUACGCCAACAUCCAUUCAAGCGGAUAAUGUGAUCAGUAUCUUGAGAUCUUCAAUCAGAAGGCAAUUAUGCUUUACGCUCUAUCGACAUUGGCAGCUCAGCCUACGAAUUGCCGCUGAUGUGAGCACUCUUUUACGUGAGAAAGAUGCUGCUUUUACGGCUGUACAACAGAUUCAAACUCGAUUCGAAGAAGGUGAUGAUGAUGCAUUGGCAAUCUAUGAUCAAUGCGUCAUCAAGCCAUUAGCAUAUUGGUUCGAUGCACUAUUCUCAACUCAAACAUUAUCUUCUCUAGCAGAUGAACUUGAACAUGCAAUUUCCACCAUCACAAAAGAAUACGUUGGGCCUACGUGGGACAUAGAACUACUAGAAGAAUCUGCUCGUGAAGCAAUAGCACAAGGAGAAGGAGGCUUUGUUUAGAUGUUGUUUCGGCCAUUAUCAUCACCAUCAUGUAAAAUACUGUAUUUGUACCUCACCAUCAGCAAUGCAUUUUGACCAGGUCACGUGGUAUGUUUCCCUAUCGCAAAUCUUCCUUUAUUGACCAAAAAUUUUGAGGAGUUACAGGGCGUGUGUCAAUGUACAGACAGACGCCUUGGAAUGCUUGCAGUGCAUCGAAAUUAUUCAGUGGUGCAUGAAUGAAUUGGUGGUGGAGCAAUUCUAGGCGCAAAUAGUACGCACGCGUGAUUGAAGAUUUAUGUCUAAAGAAAGGGUGGCUAAAUUGAGUCACUAUCAAAACCUCUUACUGAACAACCAUCUCCA